AUGUCAACAACAUCAUCUCUUUUACUUCUUGACGAGGAGCGUAAAGCUCAAUUGGAUUUAUUAAAUAAAAUCGAUGAAUCUGCUGCCAUUGAAAUUUGUAAUGCUGCGUCCGGGUAUUUAUUCACAGGACUCAAUGCAAAAUCAAUUACUAAUGCAGCAAAUCAUCUUCAAUUAGACAUUGAAAUUGUUCGAACAACAAUCGAUAGUCUUUUAUGGUUAUAUACAGAAUGUGCUAAGUCAAAAAUUGCAACAGAUGCUCUUGAUGAAUCAUUAAAAUUACUCGGUUACAGUACACCUAUUCGACAAAGUUUUAUUGAAUGUUAUCAAUCAAAAGCUCAUCAAUUAUAUACAACACUUGCUAAUGAUCUUGCACUUUCAUUACCACAUUAUGAAAAUUUACAUUGGCGUUUUGAUGUACAAAUAGCAACAAGAAAUAUGCGCCAUCGAAAGCAAUUCGAUCCUUUUUUUAUUGUUAAAUUAAUAUUAAUUAAUGGUUCUAACAAAAAAGAACAAGUUCAUGUCCUUCAAGUUGAUCCAUUGACACUUGUACACAUUGUUCAACAACUUGAAUUGGCAAUGAAUGAAUCAAGAAAUAAUCAUGCUCGCAGAAUUAUGCAUACAUUCCGAUAA